AUGCCCACGCCGGAAGAUAGAUCAGUUGUCACUGUGCCGCCAUUCUUAGCCCUAAAGGGUCAAUUGGAUGGUCUGUCUCCUGAGGGCAGGUUGUACAGAAUUCAUGAGCUAAACCCACAAGAGCGAUCUUUAUCUCUAUGUUGUGCUGAAUCGUACGAGAUUGUGCAUCGUAAUUUGAUAGGACUCAAGUCCUUACCGUCGCUGCUAUAUACAGGACAGCUGGUAACUUUGGAUGAAGAAAACAAAGCUAUUUCAAACGCUGUGUUCCAAUGUGACAGGAAAGCGGUAAGAACGAUUAAUGACGCGGAGCUGCCCAUCCUCUUCAGCCCCAAACCCCCUCACUCACUAAGUUCAGCCGCUGGGAAUCGCGAACGCGUAUUGGAAGACCUCCUCAGUCAGGGAUCUGUUCUCCCGGGAGCCUGGAUGGCUGGAGUAUAUUCCGUACACCCCGCCGACCUGGCCUCAUACGCCCUCAAGCCUACUGACCUGUGGAUUGUUACACCUGAGCCGAACAACCUACCAUCGUCGCCGACCGCCGUGUCGACGGCACCCAUGUCGGCCACACCCACCUGGUCUCAAGGCCACUACUUGUGGCUCUCGGUACCGAAUUUGAGCUGCAUCGACAUUGGCGCAGGCGGACCUUUAUUUAGAAACAACGUCGUCAUUUCCUGA